AUGACUGAUUCUAACGUUAAUAAAUACAACCAAAAAAAAAAAAGACACUAUUUUAUUGUUAAGGAUCUGAGCGGAAGUACUGUGCGUGCAUGUGCGCGUGCGUGGUUACGUGCGUGGCGCCACGUCGGCAGAAGUGCAGAAGAAGACGCGAGGGAGAGGAGAAAAAGAAGGCGAAGAAGAAGAGCAAAAGACGAAGAAGAAGAAGAGCAGCGGCGGUGUUGGUGGUUCGUGCGUGGCGCUGCCAGCGAAGCGAAGCGAACCUGCGGGAAGAGAAGACGCCCUGACGCCCAGACGUGCCACGUUGAUGUGCUCCGGAGAGGCCCGAGCAGCAGCGCAAAGCAGGCCGGCCACGGUGAGCCGCUUCCGGCUUGGAGCUCGUCGUUCGUCCCGGGGGCUCGAGAGCGUCGGAGGCUGCACGACAAGCUGGUUUCAAGUUUCAAGUCUCAAGUUUCAAGUUUGCGCUGCGACAAAAGCACAAUGGUCAAGAAUGUGAAUAACGUCAACGCGGAGCCCCAGCCCGGGACCACCCUGGCCUCGGACCCGACGGAGCCCGCCUGCAGUGAGCCCGCAGGGGACUCGUCCAAGGACCACGCGGCGGCGGCGCAGCCCGGCGUGGUGUGGCGGGUCACCGGCGGCCUUUUCAACGUCACCAAGGGCGUGGUGGGCGCGGCCGUGGGCGGCGUGGCCUGGGUGGGCGGCAAGAGCCUGGAGAUCACCAAGUCGGCCGUGACCGCCGUGCCCGCCGCCGGCGUGGGCCUCGUGAAGGGCGGCGUGGCGGCCGUGGCGGGCGGCGUGUCCUCUGUGGGCUCCACGGUGGCCAACAAGGUGCCCUUCGCCGCCAAGAGGAAGGACAAGGCGGAGUGAGGGCGACCGCCGAUCAAACUUUUCCAAGGGGUCCGAGUGAUGCGUCUUCCUUCCGACGCAUCAGAUGUUCAAUACGCAAAACGUGUACCAUCGUCAACUUGACGCCAGGUGGCUCGCACAGACGGGAAUCCACGACCGGGUGGCUGUGUUGAUCCAUUUUGUGUGUUUGCGAUGUUGACUGUUCUCCGCAGCCCACGCGCAAUCCAACAUUUUCAUGUGUUCCCCCCCCCCCCCCCCCCAAUUUGUUUUGUUUGCUUUGUCCGGUUCAAAAGUCAUUCGCAAUUUCACGCUCAGGAAGCGCCUCGUGUCCCAACGACCGAGGAGUAUUUGGGCCACGCUUGACGAGGAAAUAAAUGCAAGUAGGAAUAGUCAACUUGCAAGAGACACUAAGACCUUUUUUUCUCCCAAAAAUUUAUUGAGAAAAUAAUCUUUGUAAAAACAUCUGGAGGUUUACCUUUUAUCCUGGGGAGGAAAAAAAAAAACUUUUUUUUUUUUUUUUUUUUUUAUUUUUUUUUUACCCCUGAAAAAUAAACCUUUAACACUUAUCGAAAAAAUGUUAACAUGCAGCAACUUAAAUUACAUUUUUUCUUGAAAAAGUUCAACUUGUCUCAACAAAAACAUUUGACCUUAUUCUCAUUACAUUCCACCAUUAUGCUGUUUUUUUUGCCUUCUUUUUUUAGUAUAGGGCUUAAUACGUCUUUGUACACAACUGUCUUGUUUGUUUAAAGAAAACUCUAUACGAAGCUGUACACUCCAGAAAUGGACAAUUCCAGAGGUGUGUUUUUGUUUUUUUGUUGUUUUCCACAUUAGAUCGGGGAAAAAAAGAGAGAAAAAAAAAAAAAAAGAGAGUGAGAGAGAAGUAAAAGUGCCUGAUCGGUCAGUACAAUCUGAAGUGUAAUCUCGUAUUCAUCAAGUGUGCUGUCUGUUGACGUUUUGUACGUCAUUUCAAGGCGGCGGCGGUGGCGCGACACUGGGAGUGAGCUGGCUGGAGUUGUUGCUCUCGACACUCAAGUGUGGGAAUUUGUGAAUCUUUAGUGUUUUUUUUUCAAUAUAUCAAUAAAGUAGUUUUGAAAGGAAAUACA